GUCCCGAUAGCAACAAUACAACAACAAUCAAAAAUCUAAAAUCCUUAACAACAACCAAAAUGAAGGUAUUCGUCUGUCUUCUUGCCACCUUGGCCAUGGUUAAUGCUGGACAGCGUGGUGGUGCUGGUGGCUAUCUGCCUGGUGGCGGUCAUGGUGGUGGUUUCGGUGGUGGUGCCAGAAAUGGUGCUGGACUCAUCUCGCAUGUCUCGCAAUCGCACGGCAACACAAAGGUGCACAUUGGUGGACAGGCUGGCGCCGGUGGUGCUGGCGGCUACGGUGGUGGUUAUGGCGGUGGUGCUGGAGCUGGAGCUGGUGGCUGGCAGGGUGGUGCUGGCGGUGGACGCGGCGCUGGCGGCUGGCAGGGAGGUGCUGGUGCUGGAGGCUAUGGCGGUGGUGCAGGAGCUGGCGGUUGGCAAGGAGCCGGUGCUGGCGCUGGAGCUGGAGCUGGCGGCUGGCAGGGUGGUGCUGGUGGUGGACGCGGCGCUGGCGGCUGGCAGGGAGGUGCUGGUAAUGGACGCGGCGCUGGCGGAUAUGGCGGUGGUGCUGGAGGCUGGCAGGGAGCUGGAGGUGCCAAUGCCUGGGGCCCACCUGCCCAAUUCGAUUACACUGUUAACCAUGGUGGUGCUGGUGCUGGUGCCUCUCGUGGUGGUGCUGGCUGGUGGAACGAUUAAGAACGAGCAUGUGGUGCAUUUGAAACUGUAAAUCGAGAACCGAAUAAAUAAAUGCUUGAAUUAAACUAAAA